AUGCGACGCUCCUCGGGUGUCUCUGCGGGUUCGUCGGCCUCUGAGGCACGACGUUCCUGCGUCCCCAUUUCUUCUUCGUCUUCUUCUUCUUCGUCUUCUUCCGCGUCUUCUUCUCUUGCGAGGCCUGUCUCCUCAGGUCGAGACAACGAAGAGGUGAAAGAGGAGGAGGACGCGAGGGAGGCUUUCCGACAGACGGACCGCGUUGCUUCCCCCUGUUUUGAGUCCUCGCCAGCUUGCCAGAAUUGCAGCGCCUCUCAGACGCCCUUCGCGGCUCGUGCAUCCCUUCCUCGCUCUGCCUGCACCAUCCUUGCCGGCCAAUCUCGCAGUUCCCUCUCUGCUGUCGCUUCUCUCUCGUCCCGGCUCUCUCCGCCAGCCCCCGACUCGGACGCCAAAUGCUCAGGACCGGCGACGCUCCUCCCGCGCCUGGUGCCCGACGCCGCAGCGCCGCGCGUAACCUCCCCAGUGUCGCCUGGCGCCGCGGCGCGUUGUAGGCCGGCGACCGACGGCACAGCGGAGCUUGCGGCGGGGCAGGGAAGCCCUCCGAGACGGUCACGAAGCAUCCAGUUUCCGAGCUUCGCGCGUCCUGCCUUCGCUGCGCCAGCUCUGGCGUCUCUCUUCUUCGGCCGCGAGGCAGAGAGUGAGAAGAAGGCCCGACCUACAGACUGGCUCAUGCCCGACAGCAGGUGCUCGCUUUGCUUUGCAUGCAGCGUCCCGUUCUCGACCUUCUUGCGGAGACACCACUGCCGACAGUGCGGACUGGUCUUCUGCCACACAUGCGCCUCUGCCUGGGGCGACGGCGCGCCUCUGGGCUUCGGUCCAGGCCUCGUGCGCCUCUGUCUCUCCUGUUCUCGCAUCGCGCAACAAGAGGAGAAAGAACGAGGUGAACAAACAGAACGAAUCGACCUCUGGGAGGGAGAUGAAGACGCUCACACCGACUUCGAAGAGGACGAAUACGACGAGGAAGAACAUGGAGAAGAAGGAGAGUUCGAGGAAGAAGACGAGUUCGGGGAAGAGGAGGAGAAGAAACGCGCAGGGAGAGUGUCAGGAAGGUCUUCCCGGACGUUCGCCUCUUGGUCACUUAUGGAGGAAGAGGUAAUUCGGAACUCGCGAACUCGCUCCGGUUCUCGCUCUGUUCCACGGCCCUCUGAACAUGAAUGUCCGUUUCUCUCUCGAUCCCUACCACGACCGACGGCCUUCUGUUCUGCGGGAGAAGCAGCCUGGUAUCACCUGCGGGUCUCGGUGGAGCUUCACUGUCGCCUGGUAGGCUUGUCAACGCUUCAUGCGCGCAUUCUUUUCGACCUCGCGCUCUCAGUUGUCUGUGCUCUCCGUCUGGAAGCCUCGACGCCUUCUUCUCCCCCUUCCGUCUUUGAUUUCGUGAAAAUCAAACGCCUUCCGGGGUUGUCGAUUGCAGACUCUUUCUUCGUUCACGGAGUGGUGUUUCCGCUUCAUCUCCAGUGUAAACAGCAGGCACGACGCCUGCUUCGGCGGCCUCGCCUUCUGCUUCUCUCCUCGUUUCUAGGCCUUCCCCGCGAAUACCCACCCUCACGCGCCUCUGCGAAAAGUCUCUCCGCCUCCCCCGCGUUUGCUGCUUCUCUCAACAACUCGCCCCCGCAAGUGUCUCCGCUGUCUCCGCUCGCGGCAACUGCUCCGCCGGAGACGCCGGCGUCUCCGGCGGCCCUCGGGCCCCCGGGCCCCAGCGACCCCACAAAGGAGACACCUGCGUGCGUCGGAGGCGCGCAGGCGGACCCCAGGGCCUCAGGCGUCUGCGCGUCGCCGCCCGGCGCCGCGUACACGCGUCUGCAGAUCCUGCGAGAACAAGAGGAGACAUACACCGCGAUUUUAAUCCAGAAGAUUCUCGCUCUGCGUCCCGCGCUGAUUGUCACGAGCGAAGGCGCUUCACAGCUGAUUCAGGACGAGCUCCGGAGUCUCGGCAUUUGCCUGCUUUUGCAUGUGCCUGAACGCACCCUGCGCAGAAUCAGCAGAUGCUCAGGCGCCCCCGUCCUUUCUUCUCUCGAUCGCGCUGCCGCAAGAGCUGUCACUAUGAGGGAAGAAGAGGACGCGCGGGGGACAGAGGGCCUUUUCAGCUUCUCCCUGAGGAGCAGCUUCGACGGCACCCAGGUGGAGCGUUUCGCCGAGAAGCGAGGCGAACAACCCGCAGCGCUGAAGGGUGUUUUCGGAGCGCCCCGAAAUGCCGAGAUCGGCACCACAGGCGCGGGCCGCCAGGGGAUCGAGCCUCGUGCGGUCAGUGCCGAGGAAGCCGAAAUUUACGCGAAGGCGACGCAUGUUGGUGCCGCCUCGCCAGAAAGCCCGUGGGCGCCUCUGAAUGGAGGCGAUAUGCGGAAGAAGAGAGAGAAGAAGAAGGCGAGAGAGAAGAAGGAGAAGAAGAGAGAGAAGAAGAAGAGAGAGAAGAAGGAGAAGAAGAGAGAGAAGAAGGAGAAGAAGAGAGAGAAGAAGAAGGAGAAGAAGAGAGAGGAGAAAGAGAGGGAGAGGCGAAGAGGGAGGUAA